UCCUCCAGAAGGAAAGGGGAGUUUGAGUUUCCUCCAGGUGCUGCAUUGGCGCCUCAUUUGGGGGAUCAGAACCUUAGCUGCACUGUUUUACACAGCAAUCUUUGCCCAGUUACAGAAGAGGGAAGAGUUUCUUCAGCCCCCUUGGAGACAUCCUUGGAACACGGAUCAAAGAUGGCAGAGCAGGGCUUAGCUGGCCCCAAACUAAAGAGAGACCCUGGUGCCAUUAAGACCGAGAGCAGUGGAGAAUUCUGGGAAAGAACAGUGCAGAUGAUCCAGGGUGAGGACACGGUUAGCUCAGAGGUGCAGCGCCAGCGUUUCAGGCAGUUCUGCUACCAGGAGGCUGAGGGACCCCGAGAGGUUUGCAACCAACUCCACAGUCUUUCCCAUCAGUGGCUGAAGCUGGAGCAACACACGAAAAACCAAAUCCUGGACCUGGUGAUCCUGGAGCAGUUCCUGACCAUCCUGCCAGCGGAGAUGGCAAGCUGGGUGAGGGAAUGCGGAGCGGAGACCAGUUCCCAGGCGGUGGCCCUGGCAGAAGGCUUCCUCCUGAGCCAGGCAGAGGACCAGAGGCAGCAAGAGCAGCAGCAGUUACAGUGUCUGUUUGCAGAAGUAACGCCAGAUUUCGCUGCAUCAGAGAAGGCUCCAUCAAACACUGGGCAGAGCCUCCCGCAAACAGAGAUCAAGCAAGAGGUUGACGGAUGUGUCUCUUUGCAGGGGGCUGGAAUGAUGCUGGUAAUGGAUACUUGGCCAUCUCGUUUUCUUUGUGAUGGAGUGGAGCCGGAUCAGGCUCUGGUAGCUUUUGAGGAGGUUGCCGUGUGCUUCACAGAGGAGGAGUGGGCCUUGCUGGAUCCUGACCAGAGAGCCCUGCACAGGCAAACCAUGGAGGAGAACCGUAGGAUCGUGGCCUCUCUCACAGCUGACAUGUGGGAAGCGGAGAAGAGGGAAACAUAUGGGACGUCACCACAAAGAGACAAGUGUAAAAAUAGCAAACAGAAGAGAAGGAAAAUUGAAGCAAAACCCAAUACGAGGAACAACUCUUAUUCUUCUCAGGGCAAUGAUUACCAUAACAUCACAGUCCAAGAAAAAAUGCAUAAAAGAGAGGAAAAGAAGAGGUUCCAUUUGCGUAGAAAAACUUUCAAUUCUGAAUCAAAGGUUAAAAUGCGUUACAAAAUCCACGUACUGAAGAAACCAUAUAAUUGUCUUGAGUGUGGAAAGAGCUUCCCUCAUAAAACAUAUCUCACAUCUCAUCGAAGAAUCCACACAAGGCAGAAACCAUAUCAUUGUUUGGAGUGUGGAAAGAGCUUCAGUCGUAAAAUAAUUCUCAUUUGUCAUCAAAGAUUACAUACACGGGAAAAACCAUAUCAUUAUUUGGAGUGUGGAAAGAGUUUCAGUGAGAAUAACACAUUCACUUGUCAUCAAAAAAUUGGCACAGGAGAAAAACCAUACCAUUGUUUGGAGUGUGGAAAGAGCUUUAGUCAAAAGAAAUAUCUCACUUCACAUGAAAGAACUCACACAGGGGAGAAACCAUAUCAAUGUUUUGAGUGUGGAAAGAGCUUCAGUGAAAAGAGAACUCUUACUUGUCAUCAAAGAACUCACACAGGCGAGAAACCAUAUCACUGUUUGGAGUGUGGAAAGAGCUUCAGUCAGAAGAUAAUUCUUACUUCUCAUCAAAGAACACACACAGGGGAAAAACCAUAUCAUUGUUUGGAAUGUGGAAAAAGCUUCACUCAGAAGAACCAUCUCACAUCUCAUCAAGGAACUCACAUACAGGAGAAACAGUAUCAUUGUUUGGAGUGUGGAAAGAGCUUCAGUCAUAAAAUAACUCUCACUUCUCAUCAAAGAUUCCACACAGGAGAGAAACCAUAUCAGUGUUUGGAGUGUGGAAAGAGCUUCAGUGAGAAGAAAUAUCUUACUACUCAUCAAAGGACUCACACAGGAGAGAAACCAUAUCAUUGUUUAGAAUGUGGAAAGAGCUUCAGUCAGAAGACAACACUCACUUCUCACCAAAGAACUCACACAGGGGAAAAACCAUAUCAUUGUUUGGAGUGUGGAAAGAGCUUUGGUCAGAAGAAAUAUCUAAUGUCUCAUCAAAGAAUUCACACAGGGGAUAAACCAUAUCAUUGUUUGGAGUGUGGAAAGAACUUCAGUCAGAAAACCCAUCUCACUUCUCAUCAAAUAACUCACACAGGGGAGAAACCAUAUAAUUGUUUAGAGUGUGGAAAGAGCUUCAGCCAGAAGAGACAUCUCACUUCUCAUCAAAUAACUCACACAGGGGAGAAACCAUAUCAUUGUUUGGAGUGUGGAAAGAGCUUUAGUCAUAAAGUAACUCUAACUUGUCAUCAAAGGUUUCACACAGGGGAAAAACAAUAUCAUUGUCUGGAGUGUGGAAAGAGCUUUAGUCAGAAGAAAUAUCUUACUAAUCAUCAAAGAACUCACACAGGGGAGAAACCAUAUCACUGUUUGGAGUGUGGAAAGGGCUUCAGUCAGAAGAAAUAUCUAACUUCUCAUCAAAGAACUCAUAUAGGGGAGAACAACAUCAUUGUUUGGAGUAUAUAAAGAGCUUCAGUCAUAAGCUAUUUCUCAUCAGUGCACUCAUAUAGGGGAGAAAUUAUAAAGAUGCUUGGAUUGCAAAAAGACUUUGCACAGGGCAAUAACCAUAUAAAUUGAAUCUAGUGGAUUCUACGUGAAUUGCAUAUUCCUUUCAUUAUGAAAUGUGAUUCCACAACAUCAGACAACACUACAUGUUACUGCAUGACGGCUACUGAUGAAUCCAACAAGCACACAUGAGUCAACCCACAGGAAGAGUCAUUUAGCAAAGCAGUAGAGCCCAGAUGCUUCGUAAGGCAAUACAGGACAUUUUUAUUAGUUGCCUGGGAUUAUAUGCUACAAAAUAGAUCUGAUUUCCAAGCCUCUUUGGGGGUUUUUUUUGAGUGCUGAUCUCAGACACUCUGCCCCCUCACGUAGAUCUAGGCCUGAAAGUCCAAACAAAAGGGUGGGUGCAUGGAGGGUAAGUCAUAAUCAAGCACAAUUUGUGACAUUGCACAAUAACCUCACCGGUCACAAGGCACGUCAGUUACGGCAUCAGCAACUACUUCUAAUUUCCUGGCUCCACGUUUUACUAAACAGAGAGUUUCUCCAUAUUUUUCCUUUAUCAGAGGUAUGAUAUUUAGCAUUUGAUUGAAGGGCUUUCUCAACCAUGUCACCCCAGUUAUAGAAUGGCUGCACUUAAAGAGACCCAUAUGGUGCCUGCACUUGACCUUUUUGGUAUUAGGUCAAAAUGUUCUUAUUCAUUUAGACAUUUUAACUUGUAUUUUUAUUUUUAGCUUACGUAGGGCACAAUCCCAUGCAUGUUUAGACUCAAUAGUGAUGCCCAAUAGUUGCUGCUUCUUUGGGUGGAGCUUAUUAUACGGAUAAAUUUUAUAUUGGAACACUCUAAUAUUCACUGAUGUACAUAUCUUAAAUUAUCUCUGGGCUUACUGGAUGUUAACACAUGUUCAGCACAAAUGGA